CGCUAAUUUGAAUUUAUAUUUAAACAAAAAAAAACCGUUACAACUUUUAAAAUCAGCGCCCAAAUGUGGCACAACCUUAACGUGCCAUCAUAUGUUUAUUUGGGUAUCUAUUAAUAUUAUCAAACUCGGCAAGGCAUUCAUACGUUCAACGAAAACUGUAAACAAGCCCGCAUUAUUAAUAACUUCAAGAUCCCGUUUCUUGUUAGAAAGUACUUGUCGUGUUGGAUUCUUUAAUAGCCAAUAUCAAAUACGUCAUUAUGUGUAUUGGUGCUGAUAAGAAUGUACAUUGAGUUAAUCAGAGGUUACAACGAAUCCAUAGCAGAAAGUUUAUAUAAAAAUGUUACUGAAUAAGCUGAUUCGACUGCCGGUUUUUUUCUGUGUUAAAAAUGUAUGUAGGCACAUGGGACAUAAGCCGGACUUUACGAUGAACAACUACAACGUGGAGCGAGGGUACUAUAAUUACCCCCAAGAACAACACUUGCUAUUUUUUAAACAAUUAUUAGGAGAGAGAGUUGUUACGGACCUAUCCGAUUUAGAAAAAUACAAUGUUGACUGGUUUCUGACUUACAGAGGGUCAAGUUCGGUAGUGUUGAGACCAAAAUCAACGGAAGAAGUAUCCCAAAUUUUGGAAUACUGUAACAAAAAUAAAUUGGCAGUAUGUCCUCAGGGUGGGAACACUAGCGUCGUUGGUGGUAGUGUACCUGUUUUUGAUGAAAUCAUACUUUCAACUGAAUUAAUGGACGAUAUUAUAGAAAUAGAUCCCACUGCCGGUACUGUGAUAUGUCAAGCGGGUUGCAUUUUGGAAAAUUUAAAUAACAGGUUAUCAGAAGAAGGGUUAAUCGCACCGGUUGAUUUAGGGGCCAAAGGUUCUUGUCACAUCGGAGGAAAUGUAGCCACCAAUGCUGGCGGCAAAAGACUUUUGCGAUAUGGCAAUCUUCAUGGUAAUGUCUUAGGAUUAGAAGUGGUGAAAGCCAACGGUGAAAUAAUCGACAGUUUGGCCACUUUAAAAAAGAACAACACAGGAUUUCACAUAAAAAAUCUAUUUAUCGGCUCGGAAGGCACUUUAGGGCUUAUUACCAAGGUGGCUCUGUUGUGUCCCACCCUACCGAAGUCUGUCAACGUAGCUUUUUUGGGUUGCCAGAAUUACGAAAGGGUAUUGCAAACACUUAAGAAAUCGAAAGAAGAUCUGGGUGAAAUUUUGUCAGCUUUUGAGGUAAUGGAUGCCGAUUCGAUUGAUUUAUUAGAGAGGGAAACACACAUAAAAUCUCCCAUAGGUAAAUACCCAUUUUACGUCUUAAUCGAAACAUCUGGUAGCAACGAAGCGCAUGACGGGGAAAAAGUGAGCCAGUUCCUUGAUUCUAGUUUGGAGACUGAUCUCGUGGUAAACGGAACUGUAACCAACGAACCAACAAAAGUUGAGGCAAUUUGGAGUAUCAGGGAAAAAAUUCCAGACGGAAUUAGACAGUGUGGAUAUUCUUAUUCGUAUGACGUCACGUUGCCCCUGACAAGCUUUUUCCAAAUUGUGGACGACACAAAAACACAUUUUGGAAAACAAGCGGAUGUAGUUUGCGGCUUUGGGCACUUAGGCGACGGAAAUUUGCACCUUAUAGUUACCGCACACAGCUACGAUAAACAAUUUAAAGAGUCGUUAGAGGCGUUUGUUAUAAAGAAAACUUUAGAUCUGCGCGGAAGCAUUAGCGCCGAACACGGCAUGGGUUUUCAAAAAGCGAAAUAUUUGAAUUUGGUUAAUUCAAAGGGUCCGUUUAAUAUGAUGAAAGAACUAAAACGAAUAAUGGAUCCCAAUCGGAUCCUAAAUCCUUAUAAAGUAUUUCCGUGAGAGCAGCAGCUUGCAUAAAAUAUUUUCUUUGUAAAAUUAUGUAAUAUAUUUCCUUUUUGCGAUGAAACUAUCAAACUAAAUUGUGAUUUGCUUAAAUACUCCGGAAAUUCUAAACAAACAUCAUUUUAUGCAACCGGUAUGCAACUUAAAUAUCGCUUGGAACACGAUGGACUGGUUAUAACAACGUAUACAAAGUGGAUCACGUUGAAAGGUCUACAGGGUUCAGUCCUGAUCGAUGAUAAUUUAAACUGGGCUGAGCAUAUUAAUUUUAUAUCAAAUACAAUUUGGUGUGUGCCGUAUAUAAAAGCCGAAAUUAUCUGAAUUACGAUAGUAAAAUGAAUAUUUACAAUUCUUAGUUUGUAUCACAUAUGAGAUAUAUAAUUCCAAUAUGGGGUGUAUGUGGCGCAACUUAUUUUAAGAAAAUGUAAACUCUACAAAAUAAAUUCCUAAAAAAUUUUAUUUAAUUAUGAUCGUCGCACACAUACAGAAAAUUUGUAUAGAGAAUUGGACAUUUAUAAAAUAAACAAAUUGAUUAAGUUAGAAAGAACAAUGCAAAUUUAUGUAUUAGGUGAUAAAUAAAAUACAAAAGUCUAACAUGAGGGUUAUAUUUAAUAAAGACGUUCACAUGUAUGACAACAUAUCUCAUAACGAUAUUUACAAUUACUAAUAACGGACUUCCAAAUCCAGUAUUUCAAGCAGCCUGUACUUAUAAUAAGCUUCCAGAAAAUGU